AUGCGCGUCCAGCAGAGCAAAAUCCAGAAGGCCAAGACGGCCUGCCAUGCCACCCAGGGCCUCCUCAUCUUCGUCGCUGGCUGCAUCCUUAUCGCAAUCUUCACCAAAGAUGGCACAACCGACGGUAGAGUGAGGUACUUCUUCGCUCUGUGCUUCCUCACCAUGCCCGCCCUGUUAUACCUCGUCGCCGUGCCCAUGUGGAGUCGAACUGUGCGGUUCGCCCACGCCUACGCCUUUGCUACUGUCGACUUCAUCUACACCGUUCUCUGGUUCGCAGCCUUCAUCUGCAUCGCAACCUGGAACUCAGACGGUAUCGCCGCCGGCGCUAAAGAAUUAGACACCGAUAAGGGCAACUGCAGCACCUUCGCCUACGGCCCCGAGAUCAAGUGCAACCUCGGCAAGGCUGAAAUCGGCUUCGGCGUCGUCAUCACCGCCCUCUUCAUCGCUACCUGCAUCAUCUCCUUCUACUACUGCACCGUCUACCGCCGCACCGGCGUCCUCGUCGGCGCCGAGGAAAACACUCCCCCAGGCGCCGACGGCACGUCGUACUUCGGCGGCGCCACGGCCUACCAGGCGGCAGCCAAGUCGGACGACGACAACGGCGUGUGGAGCAGCAACACGCACGACAUCGAGACCGCGUCAUCGCACUACGACCACCACGACCCCAGCGACUUCGGUGACGCGCCCCCCGUCCCGCCGCUGCCGACGGCUGGUAACGGCGGUGCGAACGCUGCUGCGGCCAUCUACACGCCUCUGGUUGAUGGCAGGGAUGACGACGGCAUGCACCACCCCGGUCAGCCGCUCGCCUGGGGCGCCGAUGACCGCUUCGGCAACGACCACUUCGGCAACGACCACCCCGCUUACCGCCCCAGCCCCAGCCCGUCGAAUGCCGAGAGCCAGGCGUUCCACAUCGCGCCGUCGGCGCUCAGCCCUCCCAACUCGUAUGAUGACUACCGGACGAAGAACUACAACUUCAGUUCGUAG